GCGGGGUGUGCCGAUGGCGUCCGUGCUGGACAGCGAGAGGAGCCGGGAGCGGCGGCAGCAGGAGCGGGAGCGGGAGGCGCUGCUGGCGCAGGCCAAAAUUAAUUAUGAAAAGAAGGAGAGUUGCAAGUUGCUGAAAGAUCUACGAGGUGAAGAUACGUGGAUCCCUGCUGAUGUGAAUGAACACAUGGAACAACUGGAAAAGGAACAUUCUGUGCAGAAAAAAAAGAAAAAGGAUAAACAUUCCAAAAAAGCUAAGAAAGAAAAGAAGAAAAGUAAGAAACAAAAAUCUGAAAAGAAGGAUGACUUACUUGAUAGUUCUUCGGAUUCUUCAGUUGAAUGGGUUGAGUCAAAUGUGUCACAGACAGACGACGCUGGAAAGGCUUGGAAGGUCAACAAGCAACCAGAUGAUGGGAAAGAACCUUCCCAGCAGAGAGAAGAAUGGAUGAAUUUAGACUUCAUGUCAUUGAAAACAACAUCAGUAGCAGCUGUCAAAGGUGAAAAACAAAAAGAUAAAGUAUUGGAACGACAGAAGGCUCAAGAACUUGUGCAGGCCAUGUUGUCUGAGAGAGAACUCAAUCCCUAUUGGAAAGAUGGUGGUACGGGUUUGCCACCAGAGAAGGAUGAAGAAGCUUCAGUUAAGAAAGUUACAGUGGUAGAAGAUGCUGGAUUAAGUUGGCUGCGAAAAUCAUACCAAAGGAUGAAGGAGCAGGCUGAGAGAGAGAAACGAAAUUUUGAGGAAAUUGUAGCUGAGAGAUACGGGUCAGUGGAAGURUUUCAAUCACGAUUAGAAGAAGCUGAAAAAGCUGCAUCCAAAAAGGAAAAUUAUCAUGGAAGUGGAAGAUGGAAGAAGACUGACUAUUCAGAAAGUGAGAAAGAGAAGAAAGAACGGCAUAUUGAAAAGGCAACACGAGAUGAAGAUGAUAGAACCAGAAACAUGUUUUGGGGCUGUUCCAGGGACAAAUAYGGCAAGGGGUGGGUGCAGGAAGACAAGGGUUACAGAAGAGAUGUGUCAAGAGCAGAUCAGGAAUGUGGACACAGUAGCAUGGACUCAGUAUCAAGGGGCUACAACUCCAAAGCAGAAAAAUAUUCCAGUGAAAAACGAAAUCAGGAAAAGAGUUCAUCCCUAAGCAACAUGAAACACAAAUUUUUGAAACCCUCUGAAGAUGAUUCAUCAUCUUACAGUGCACCCAGAGACUCCAAGUCCCAGCAGUCCUCUUCCAAACURCCAGCUCACAGCUCUUUGAGCAGCCGUUUCCAAAAACCCGAUGAGGAUACUGCACUGUGGACCAAAACUCACGCAAAAGAUAGCAAUGAGAAAUCAGUAUCUGAUCAAAAAUCAUCARGUACUAGGGAAGAAAUUGAUGGGAAAAAUUGGAAAAGAACUCCAGGUGAUGAAAAAGAGAAAUCGCGACAGGAGCACACAAAUGAUACACUUGAGAAGAAGCAAAUUUUAUCUGACAAUGAAACAUCAUCCUCUAGAUCAUCAAAGAAUGAGCCRCCUCGGGUUCUUAGUGAAGAGGAGAUGAACAGACUGGGAGCGAGGAUUGUGAAAGCAGAACUCAUGGGAGACACGGAGUUAGCUUCAGAGCUUCAAGCAAAACUUGACAAUGCACGCAAGUUGAGAGAGACUCAAGGAGAGAUUCCMGCAAAGGCUGUCAGAGAGGCCUCARGCCGUCAAGAAGAUGAGCAAGUCGUCCUUGUCAGAACAGAUGGAAGUGGAAGGGCAUGGCCUGUGACAGGACCAGCAGAGCCACUGGAGCCAAAAGGAGGACGGAGAAAGCGGCAGAUUGUCCCUACUCAUGUCGAUAAAGAGAGAGUAAGGUAUUUUCAAGAUGAUGAUAGUAUGAACCUGAAGGAUUUGGUCAAAAAUGAGAAGAUGAGAACAGCAGAGGAUCAAAACUCACUCUUCAUGCGUAUGGCAUCAAAGCUCAUGGAAAAAACUGACAGAGAUUACUACACUCUGGAUGACAUGUUUGUUUCCAAAGCAGCCAAGAGAGCGCGCAGUGGGGAAGAGGAAGAAGUACAAAGAAGAAAAGCAAUCCGWGAGCACCAGCAACUUGCUGCAUGCAUGGAAAAGUGCCCCUACUGCUUUGAUAGYAGUGAACUUUCUAAACAUCUUAUUAUUGCAAUUGGCACCAAGGUGUACUUGUCUCUACCCAGCAACCAGUCCCUUACUGAAGGUCACUGCCUGAUAGCCCCUCUUCAGCACCAUACUGCAGCCACCCUUUUGGAUGAAGAUAUCUGGGAAGAAAUCCAGAUGUUCCGAAAUGCAUUGGUGAAAAUGUUUGAAGCCAAAGACUUGGACUGUGUGUUCCUAGAAACAAACAUGAGUAUGAARAAGCGGUACCAUAUGGUAUAUGAAUGCAUUCCUCUUCCAAAAGAAGUAGGAGAUAUGGCUCCAAUCUACUUUAAGAAAGCUAUAAUGGAGUCUGAUGAAGAGUGGUCCAUGAACAAGAAGUUAAUUGAUCUUUCUUCAAAAGAUAUUCGGAAAUCUGUUCCCAAAGGAUUGCCAUACUUCUCUGUGGACUUUGGCCUUCAAGGAGGAUUUGCUCAUGUGAUUGAAGAUCAACACAAUUUCCCUCAUUACUUUGGAAAGGAAAUUAUUGGUGGCAUGCUGGACUUGGAACCGCGGCUCUGGAGAAAAGGAGUCAGACAGAACUUUGAGGAACAGCGGAAAAAGGUGCUGCAGUUUGCACAGUGGUGGAAACCAUAUGACUUCACCAAAAAGAAAGAAUGAGAAACAACCCUGGAGCCAAGGACUAUAUAAGCCAUAAAUCACACUAAA